UGGUACAAAGCACUGUACGUUCCAAAACAAGGCAAAUAAAAUACACAGUACAACAUCCAUACGUCACUACUUGCGUACCAUUUUCUAAGAAAAUGGAAGAGACAAAACGCAGUGGCCAGUGGGGAAUCAGGCAAAGAUGCCUUUUUAGCCAUUGAGAUUCACUGUAAUUAACUGGUUGUAUUAUGUCGGAUUCGGUGGCUGUUUGGACAUCACCAAGUAGAGAGUAAAGUAGAUUCUGGGGAAUUCAUUUUUGUUGAAGUGUUGUAGAGUAAAAUGGGAACGAAAGCAGCAGUUCCAUUUCUGAGUAUGAUAAUGGCGGAGUGUGCACAAGUUGGGCUUCUGAUAAUAAGCAAAAUAGCCAUGUCAAAAGGCAUGAGCAGUUUCAUCUUUGUUUUUUACUCUAAUGCUCUUGCCUCUGUUAUUCUUCUCCCUUCUUCUUUGCUUUUCCACAGAUCAGAGAGGCCUCCACUCACCUUUCCAAUUAUAUGUGGAUUCUUCGUGCUUGGUCUCUCUGGUUGCUUGGCAAAUUUUUUCGGCUAUGCUGGGAUUAAUCUCAGCUCUCCUACACUUGGCACAGCUAUGCUCAAUCUCGUUCCUGGUCUUACCUUCAUACUUGCUGUUGCUUUCAGGAUGGAAAAACUUAACUGGAGAACCUCUAGUACACUAGCUAAAUCAAUAGGAACCAUAGUUUCGGUUGGAGGUGCAUUCAUUUUAACCUACUAUAAAGGUCCCCCAGUUCUGAUGACACCUCCUUUAAACACAUCUCAUGGACUUCUCGUGCAACUGUCAAAUUGGGUUAUUGGCGGAUUGCUGCUUGCAGUGGAUUGUGUUAUGACUUCUUCAUGGGUCAUCAUACAGGCAUUUAUCCUCAAGAAAUACCCCGCAGAGCUCAUUGUGGUGUUCUUCUACUGCUUCUUUGUGACCAUUCAGUCUGCAAUAGUUUGUUUGAUUAUUGAAAGAGAUCCUUCUGCUUGGAGCUUGAGACCAAAUAUAAGAUUGGUUGCUGUUCUUUACUCGGGAGUUUUUGGCUCUGCAUUCCAAGUUGGCAUUUGUUCAUGGUGCCUGCGACAGACAGGACCUGUUUUUAUUUCCAUGUUCAAGCCCCUGGGCAUUGUCAUUGCAGCCGCUGUGGGCAUCCUCUUUUUAGGGGAUACUUUGUAUCUUGGGUGUUUAGCCGGAGCAACCGUUAUAGUUAUUGGGUUCUAUUCGGUUUUGUGGGGGAAAGCCAAUGAGCAGAAGAUGGGUAUAGAUGCUGGAGCAAAGACCAUUGAGUCAAGCAGCCAAAAAGUCCCCCUCUUGCAAGGCUAUAUUGAAGAAAUAUAGAAGCACUAUGCAGCGACCAAAAUAAUAUAUAUCCUUUUCCAGACCAAAUGGGAAAGAGGGAAAAGUCCUCAGAGAAUAUGCAAGAUACACAGUUUCUGUUUAAGUAGAGAUGGAAGGCACUUCAAAGCUACAAGCACGUGAAAAAGACAACAUUAGCAAUGUUGAUAUGUGUCCAGUGUAUAUAUUAUCUAUAGCAAGAUACAUAGUUUCUGUUUAAUGUUUGCAACUCCUUCACUGGGAUUCAAAAUGAAGUUUUUGAGCCUGCAAGCUUAUUGGAAGUUGGUAAGGAAUGAAAUGGAGCUGGACAGCUAAUGCUCAGGGUCAGCUUACUGUCUAUAAGAGAUGUUGAAAAUUUCCACAUUUGAACUAUAUUUUUAAUUGGAAAUGUAUCUUAUUCUUUCUUGACUAUAACAUAGUCAUGGCCAGCAUUAUCAUUGAAUUUAAUCUGAUAUCUCUUGAAUAGAAUUUGCACGCGUGCAAUUUACAGGUUGGA